AUGGCUCAAGAUAUGACUCUACUCGUUCGUGCAUACAACCAUUUCGUCCAUUAUCUCCAGGCUGAAAAGUACAAAAAGGAAUUGAAGGAGGAAGGAAAGGUUGCUCAAGAAGCAAACAACAAGAAAUUUAACAAGAACCGUGAAAGAUUGAGGGACGCGCGCCGCGAUUUUGCAAUUCUCAACAAAUACCCAAAGCGCUAUCGUGAUAUCUUGGAGCCGAUCUCGGCCCACAGCGAUGACGAGAAAGUAGAAGGCAAAGGCUUCUACAAGAUAAAGACCUUGCCCUACCGCUCAAACAACGCCAAUCGCUUCUUCUGA